AUGGGUCUCAGAGGUGUGCAGCUCGGUCUCAGAGCCUGGGAGUUUGUAUUCUCCCUGCUCGUCAUGGCCCUCGUCGGUAACAUGAUCGCUGAAGCUUUCGCCGGCAACCCAGCGACCGUAAACUACUCCAUCUAUACAUCGGUCUUCUCGAUGUUCACGUUGUUCUACCUGGUCCCAGCCUCGUUCAACAUCGACUGGUCCGGCCACCCCCUCAUCAUGAUCAUCAUCGACGCCCUGAACUGCAUCUUCUUCUUCUGCGCUGCCAUCGCGCUCGCGGCGAAGCUAGAGUGCCACUCUUGCACCAACCACGAGUACCUUAUCAACAAUGAGAUCACCAAUGGCUCACACAACAUGACCAAGCGUUGCCGUGAAGCCCAGGCCUCCGUUGCUUUCCUCUGGUUCGCCUGGGCCGGCUACAUGGCCUCCGUCAUUGUCUCCGCCUUCAUGGCCCGUUCCUCUGCUGGUCCCUCGCGCCGUACUAGCCGUCGCGGCGGUGCCCGCCCCAACAUGACCCAGGUUUAA